CCCGAGUGGGAGUCGAAUCUUCUCCGGAAUCGUUUGCUUUCAUUUCUGAAUCUGCACGAGCCCGCCGCGCGCCGUUUCCUUCUCUUCACGUACAACCAAAACAAACAAAACAAACGCGCAUCGCUCGGCUCCUUUCCUCGCGGGACUAUUCGCUGUUUUUGUUUUUUGCGAAAUAAAGGGCGUCCAGUGGAGAAGAGAGAAUAUAAAGAUGAGUGUGGAGGCGUACGGGCCGAGCUCGCAGACGCUCACCUUCCUGGACACCGAGGAAGCGGAGCUGCUCGGGGCCGACACGCAGGGCUCCGAGUUCGAGUUUACCGAUUUUACGCUGCCCAGCCAGACCCAGACGCAAGGCCAGACACAGAGUCAGCUCGACAACCAGGUGAACGGGCCUGAUGGAGUUCUGCCCAAUGGAGAAGAUGCAGUGGGGAAAACCAGCCAACUUCUGGCCGAGCUGAACUUUGAGGAGGACGAGGAAGACACUUACUACACUAAAGACCUGCCGGUGCACGCCUGCAGCUACUGUGGAAUCCAUGAUCCCGCAUGUGUGGUUUACUGCAACACCAGCAAGAAGUGGUUUUGCAACGGCCGCGGCAACACCUCUGGCAGUCAUAUUGUGAACCACCUGGUGAGGGCCAAAUGUAAGGAGGUGACGCUGCAUAAGGACGGGCCGCUGGGAGAGACUGUUCUGGAGUGCUACAACUGUGGCUGCCGUAACGUCUUCCUGCUCGGCUUCAUCCCUGCGAAAGCAGACUCUGUGGUGGUGCUUCUGUGCAGGCAGCCGUGUGCCAGUCAGAGCAGUCUGAAGGACAUUAACUGGGACAGCUCUCAAUGGCAGCCCCUCAUCCAGGACCGAUGCUUUCUCUCCUGGCUGGUGAAGAUCCCGUCUGAGCAGGAGCAGCUGAGGGCCCGGCAGAUCACGGCGCAGCAGAUUAACAAACUGGAGGAGCUCUGGAAGGAAAACCCAACAGCGACGCUGGAAGAUCUGGAGAAGCCUGGAGUAGAUGAGGAGCCGCAGCACGUUCUGCUACGAUAUGAAGACGCCUAUCAGUACCAGAACAUUUUUGGUCCACUGGUUAAACUAGAGGCCGACUAUGACAAGAAGCUCAAAGAGUCCCAAACUCAAGACAAUAUAACAGUGAGGUGGGAUUUGGGACUGAAUAAAAAGCGGAUAGCUUAUUUCACUCUGCCCAAGACGGAUUCAGACAUGCGGCUGAUGCAAGGAGACGAGAUCUGUCUGCGCUAUAAAGGAGACAUGGCUCCGCUCUGGAAAGGCAUCGGACAUGUCAUCAAAGUCCCGGACAAUUAUGGAGAUGAAAUUGCCAUCGAGCUGCGCAGCAGUGCUGGUGCACCUGUGGAGGUGCCACAUAACUUCCAGGUGGACUUUGUGUGGAAGUCGACAUCUUUUGAUCGAAUGCAGAGCGCCCUGAAGACGUUUGCUGUGGAUGAGACCUCUGUGUCAGGCUACAUCUACCACAAGCUGCUGGGUCACGAGGUGGAGGACGUGAUCAUCAAAUGCCAGCUACCUAAACGCUUCACUGCGCAGGGCCUGCCAGACCUCAACCACUCGCAGGUUUAUGCCGUGAAGACGGUACUCCAGCGGCCCCUCAGUCUGAUCCAGGGGCCUCCAGGAACUGGAAAGACGGUCACUUCUGCCACCAUCGUCUAUCAUCUAGCGAGACAGGGCAAUGGUCCAGUGCUGGUUUGUGCGCCGAGUAACAUCGCUGUGGACCAGCUAACAGAGAAGAUCCAUCAGACGGGACUGAAGGUGGUUCGUCUGUGUGCUAAGAGUCGUGAGGCCAUCGAUUCACCUGUGUCUUUCCUGGCUCUGCACAAUCAGAUCCGCAACAUGGACAGCAUGCCAGAGUUGCAGAAGCUUCAGCAGCUGAAGGAUGAAACUGGCGAGCUUUCGUCCUCUGAUGAGAAACGUUACCGUGCUCUCAAACGAACUGCAGAGAGAGAGCUGCUCAUGAAUGCAGAUGUGAUCUGCUGCACAUGUGUGGGUGCGGGUGACCCUCGUCUGGCUAAAAUGCAGUUCCGCUCCAUUCUCAUCGAUGAAAGCACACAGGCCACGGAGCCCGAGUGCAUGGUGCCAGUGGUGCUCGGGGCUAAACAGCUGAUUCUGGUCGGUGACCACUGUCAGCUGGGCCCUGUGGUCAUGUGUAAGAAAGCAGCGAAAGCAGGCCUUUCUCAGUCUCUGUUCGAGAGGCUGGUGGUGCUGGGCAUCAGACCCAUCCGUCUGCAGGUGCAGUACCGCAUGCACCCGGCGCUCAGUGCUUUCCCAUCAAACAUCUUCUAUGAGGGAUCUCUGCAGAACGGGGUCACUGCCGCUGAUCGCCUUAAGAAAGGCUUUGACUUCCAGUGGCCCCAGCCUGAUAAGCCCAUGUUUUUCUACGUGACCCAGGGCCAGGAGGAGAUCGCCAGCUCCGGCACCUCAUAUCUCAACAGGACUGAGGCUGCUAAUGUGGAGAAGAUCACCACUCGUCUGCUGAAGGCCGGAGCCAAACCUGACCAGAUUGGCAUCAUCACGCCGUAUGAGGGCCAGCGCUCUUACCUGGUGCAGUACAUGCAGUUCAGCGGCUCAUUGCACACCAAACUCUACCAGGAGGUGGAGAUCGCCAGUGUGGAUGCAUUUCAAGGCAGAGAGAAGGACUUCAUCAUCCUGUCCUGUGUCAGAGCUAAUGAACACCAGGGCAUCGGCUUCCUGAACGACCCGCGCCGUCUCAAUGUGGCACUCACCAGAGCCAGAUAUGGGGUGAUCAUUGUGGGCAACCCUAAAGCUCUGUCCAAACAGCCCCUGUGGAACCACCUGCUGAACUACUACAAGGAGCAGAAGGUGCUGGUGGAGGGUCCUCUCAACAACCUGAGGGAGAGUCUCAUGCAGUUCAGCAAACCACGCAAACUGGUCAACACCAUCAACCCUGGAGCCCGCUUCAUGAGUACCGCCAUGUAUGAUGCAAGGGAGGCCAUGAUUCCUGGAUCUGUGUAUGAUCGCAGCAGCACUGGACGUCCAUCUAAUAUGUACUUCCAGACUCAUGAUCAGGUGGGCAUGAUCGGGACGGGCCCAAAUCCGAUGGGCUCUUUGAACAUCCCCAUCCCAUUCAAUCUGGUCAUGCCGCCGAUGCCUCCGCCUGGGUAUCUGGGACAGGUGAACGGACCUGCUGCAGGUCGUGGUGCUCCUAAAGGUAAGACCGGGGGUCGUGGAGGUCGACAGAGGAACCGUGGCACUGGGAAUCAUGGCAGCGGGCAGCCGAACAUGCCCAACAGUCAGGCCAGCCAGGACCUGGUGUCUCAGCCCUUCUCUCAGGGUCCGCUGACCCAGGGCUAUAUCACCAUGAGCCAGCCUUCACAGAUGAGCCAGCCGGGCCUGUCCCAGCCGGAGCUCUCACAGGACAGCUACCUGGGUGAUGAGUUCAAGUCUCAGAUGGAUGUUGCGCUGUCCCAGGACUCCACCUACCAGGGCGAACGGGCAUAUCAACACGGAGGAGUGACUGGACUCUCACAGUACUAGAGUGUUGUUGGAACAGGAGCUAGGCCUGUGCUGAGCUUAGUUCAUCAGCAUUUUAAAUAUGGGUAAAUACAAAAAAAGAACAAACAUGGAUGCCCGUUUACCACUGUUACAACUGAAGCACCAUGGUGUGAGAGCAACAGGAGAGAAUCAAACCAAUCACAGGAGGGAGUAAAGCUGGACAGGACGAAAGAGAAAGGCGUGAGCGGCCGAAAAACAUCCACCAUUGGUGGAGGAGAGGGGGAGACGCAGUGUUCGGAGGAGACCAAACACGAGAUCUUCCAUCUGCAGCGGUGGAGGAGGAGGGCGGCUCCUGGAGCGCAGGUAUGGGUCUGUCCCGUCCCGUCCCAUCCCGGCCUCUUCUCUCUCUCUCGUCAGCCUCAGGCCUGCCCUGCCAACCGAGACGGAGCCAAGAUGAUGAAGUUCUCUUAAAACUACCUGCAAAAAAAAACACGCUUGCUCUGUCGUCUCCGCGAGCUGAGAGAGGGGGUGACGUAUUUAAAGACACAAAGUAAUUAUAAACGCUUAUCAAGCAGCUGAUUUUUUGGGAAAAUAUAAGAGUCGCCCCUCAAAGUUGACAUCCGACGUUCAGGUUCUGCCACCGAACAUGAGAGAAUGGACGAGAGCUUCGCCUUUCAUUUGGAUUUUUCUUUUUUGCGUGCGCGCCGGGUCUCCUAGAAGGUGCUAGGACACUCUGAAGGACGAUUCAACUUUGAGGACGUCGUAACGGAGAGCCACUUACGGCGGGUGACUCGCAAAAAUAAUGGGGGUAGUGAAAUAAAAAUGGCUUUCUCUUUUCAUUUUAAAUGUUUCGUCUCCGCAAGGGGGCCGACAAGAUCUAUCCUUUCCUCUUUUAAAAUAUGGUUUUUGUUCAACUAGAAUAAAAGCAGUGAACCGCUUGAUUUAGACGUGGCUUUUAAUAUCUUGCUGCAAGCAGACGAUAUGUAAUAAUAAAUGAAUCAAUCAGGGUGGAAUCAUCGUAUGAGAAGGAUGUGUCAAUCACUGUAGGAAGCCCCGCCCACUGCUGUUUGCGUCCAAUCAGGACGCAGUGGUGUUCUUUACAUGGCAGAAAGCAGGAGAUGGCCGCACCUAUGCGAAGGACAGACAGGUGAGAUUCUCGCUGUUUUUGCGUCUGACUGUAGGAGGCGCUGUUGCGUCUUUUUGCAUCACGAUGAUGUCAGUGAGAGCGGCGUUUAAUACGCCGACCAGAGCUGUGUGUGUGUGAGAGUGUGUGUGUACGUUUGUGACUGCCCUCCCUCAUCAUUAUUAUUAUUAUUUGUGUUGUGGUAGUUGUAGUUUUCUUUUUUUCCCCUCGUUCUAGUUGCUCAUUUGCAUUUUUUCCUCCCUUAGUAGCUCAUUUUUAUUUGUACGAUCUGACGUGAAGUUCUCGUAACCUCUCUCAGUGUGGAAAUUGCUCUUCUUUGGUUUUGACGGACCCAUUCGGAGUUUUAUGGCAGCUUUUAACAUCUGUUCCGACCGAUGCCAGUCGCCUCAACUUUAUACUUUUACUUUUGGAGUGUUUAUACCUUGCUGUUACUCCAUACGCGCAACACUUUUUGACUGUUUAAUAUUACUGAAGUACCACCGCUCGCAUUUUAUAGCAUCGAGCACAAUUUUUUUUUGGUUUUUCGUUCUCGACCCACAAGACAAUCAUGAUCCGCUUCUCCACAGUUCCCGAGCAUGUCAGUGUCUAAUAUUCUGACUUUUCACACUUUCCAAUACUUGGGUUUCCAUAUUUCCCUCUUCAGAUGUAAAUAUCAGACUUGAUAACAUCAGCCAAAUUGUUGUCAAUGACAAUGCAUUCACGAUAAAGCCACGGCGAUCCUCAUUCUGGUUCUUCUUAUGAUCGAGUUUAUGACUCCGAGAUCACCCUUGUGUGAGUUUCUGCUGAGAAAGUUGCAUCGGAUUUGACUGAAAUGUACAAUAAAUGAAUGUAGUUUACCUUGCAUUGAAGAGGAAUGAGGGAAAAAAAAGCAUCAGGAUAUGAAGUAUAAUUCAGGAUUUUGCUUUGUGAAAAAGUUUUCACCCCCCACGGUAUGUACUUCUUGUAACGUUAAAAAUAAAUGUUGCUUUCUUUCACCCAA